GACGACGGGCAGUGGCAGCAGGCUCUGCUCUUGCUGAGGGAGCUGCGGGACACCCGGCUGGAGCCAGACGCCAUCAGCAUCAGUGCCGCAAUCCGCGCGUGCGAGACGGCUGGGCAGUCGCAGCAGGCGCUGUCGCUGCUGCGGGAGCUGCCUGCGUGGAGGCUGGAGCCAGACGCCACCUCUGCAUUUUAG